UUAAAGUCAUCUCUGGAAUAGAAUAUGUGUCAAAAUUGGUAAACAAAAACAGAUUGGCACAUUUGACAAUUAGUCAAGUCAAAAGUCAGUGAAAAUAAAAAGAAGUUUGUAUGUAAAAUUCGAUAAUGAAUUUUAUCAGUCGGUCAAAAAGUGGACUUUAAAUAACACAUUUUUAUCUAUAUGUGUAAUAAACACUACCCAAUUAUAUAGUUUACAAAAUAGAAAAAAUUGAGUAAAGUACAAUCAUGUCCUUUCUUCGCGGCUCUGCCAAUUAUGUAUGGUGCACAACCAGUGUUCUCGGGAAAGGUGCCACGGGCGCUGUCUUUCAAGGAGUCAACAAAAAUAAUGGCGAACCAGUUGCUGUGAAGACAUUCAACCAGCUCAGUCGCAUGCGGCCUCAUGACGUUCAAAUGCGAGAAUUCGAGGUCCUGAAGAAGGUGAAACACGAAAACAUUGUUAAAUUAUUAGCAAUCGAGGAGGAACAAGAUGGCAGAGGAAAAGUCAUUGUCAUGGAACUUUGCACCGGUGGAAGUUUAUUUAAUAUUCUCGACGAUCCCGAAAACACUUAUGGCUUAUCGGAAAAUGAAUUUCUUCUAGUCGUAGAACAUUUGUCCGCGGGAAUGAAGCAUCUAAGGGAUAAUAAUUUAGUCCAUCGUGAUUUGAAACCGGGGAAUAUUAUGAAAUUCAUUGCUGACGAUGGUAGUACAAUUUAUAAACUCACCGAUUUCGGUGCGGCUCGCGAAUUACAGGAAGAUCAACAGUUUGUGUCGCUUUACGGCACUGAGGAAUAUUUACAUCCGGACAUGUACGAGCGAGCGGUUUUAAGAAAACCGGUGGGGAAAACUUUUGGAGCCACAGUUGAUCUUUGGUCAAUUGGCGUCACUCUGUAUCACGUAGCAACGGGAAAUUUACCAUUUCGUCCCUUCGGAGGAAGAAGAAAUAAGGAAACAAUGUUUUACAUCACUACCAAGAAAGCAUCAGGAGUUAUAUCAGGAACCCAAACGUCAGAAAAUGGACCAAUCGAAUGGAAUAGAGAAUUACCUCAAAAUUGCCAAUUAAGCACCGGUCUUAAGAAAAUUACAACCCCAUUAUUAGCCGGCUUGUUAGAAGUUGAUCCCCAGAGAAUUUGGUCCUUCGAGCGUUUCUUCGCUGAAGUCAUGGACAUUUUGAGUCGGAAACAAAUUUACAUCUUUAAUGUUCCAAGAGCUGAUAUAAUAAAAAUCUUCCUACACCCUGAGGAGAAAAUGAACGAAUUUCAAAAUCAUAUUCAAGAGCAAACCGAUAUUUCUCUUCAUGCGCAAAUAUUGCUAAUCAAUGAAAAUCCUUUAUCUUUUCUAGUCGAUGAAUCGACACCCGGAAGAGGUUAUCCGUCGACAACUUUGGACAGUCCUUUGAUAUUAUUUUCACGUGAUAAUAAUAAUGUGAUUAUUCCUAAAGAUCCUGAACUACCAAAAUUCCCGACUUUCUCAAAUCUUGUCUCGGUGGAAAAUGAUGCUAGUCAGGCAAAACUAUCGUGUUCGGUUGGACACGUUUGCAAGAGAAGAAUUGACAAUUUAGUCAGAUGUAGUAAAUUAUCGCAGGAUGCAGUUUCUGCUUUCAUGAAACUUUUGUCAGCUGACUUGACAAAACUUUUAAAUAAGUGUCAUCGUUUGAAGGAUUUAACUAAAGCGAUAGAGGAUACUGUCACGGCAACAGAUAGAACUGAACACAUUGCUAGGCAAAUUUUUCGAAAAUUUAGAAAUCAAAUUAAUUUCGAACUUAAAAGUUGGAAGAAGGAUUUGGAAUUGAAGAGUAAGGAACUUCUGGUGGAUCUGGCUCCAGCGGUGUCACAAUUGCAUCAAAGGUACGUGAAAGAAAAUAUUUUGCAAGCAGAAUGGGACAAUAUUACUCGUUGUCUAAAGUGUCCAUGGUCAUCGAAAGCAAAUCAGCGAGCUGCAACGCUAGUAGAUCGUUUGCGUGAUGGAUGGCAACAUUUGUUACGAGACAGAGCGACUCGAAGUCUUUCAUACAAUGACGAACAGUUCCAUGUCUUGGAACGAAUUAAGGUGACAGAAACCGGACGCAGACUUAAAAUUCUUCUCGAUCUCGAAUGUGUACCAGCGAUUACUCAACGAUCCGAAUCAUUAGCAGAUUGGUAUAAAAUGGCGCAAACUGUAUACUUGCAAUCUCAAAUUUUAGACAAGGAUGUGUGUAACUAUGAAACCACAUUAGAAUCGUUUUCCUAUCGACUGUUUCACGAAAGUAAAGAGCAUUAUGAUAAUAUUUUACACGAAAUUGAUCAAUUGCCAGGAAAACUAUCAACGUUAGAAAAGCCAAAUGUUUUAGACAAUGGAAAUGUAAAGAAGUGGAGAAAUAUUUGUGACAUACAGGAACAAAUUUCUUUUAUUCUUCAGGAGAAUAAUCAGUUAGUUGACGAAUUGGAUAGUUUAUCGAUUAUUGAUGUAUUUGAUAAUAAUGACCUAGAGAAUUCUGAAUUCCAUUGAUAAAAAUAUGUAUAUAAUAAUUUGUAUUUAAUAGUUUAGAAUGUAUUAAUUAUUUCGAAUUUAUGAAUGUCGUCUAAAAAAUUUUUAUUUCUGUUAAAUCUGAAAGCAUUAUAUAGUUUUGUAUCACAUUUUAUAUAAUAAAUAAAAUUGAUAAAUAUUUUGU